UCAUAUUUUAAUUUUAUCAGAGAAAUUAUUAAACAUUUCAAAAAUAGUGUUAUAUAGUCUGCUUUGUGUUCAUCUUUUCCGAAUCAGUUUUCCGGUUUGUUAUCUCUCUGGUUUUCGCUAAGAAAUGGGGACAGAGGGUCGUGAAAUAUCCCAUGAUGUUCCACCAUACCUAAGAGUCUACGCCGACGGAACCAUAGAAAGGCUGGCCGCCACGGAGUUCGCACCGGCAGCUUUUGAUCCGGCGACCAGCGUGACGUCAAAGGACGUCGUGAUUGAUCCCGAUACCGGCGUAUUCGCCAGGAUUUACCGUCCGGCCAACGCCGGAAAGAACCUUCCUUUGGUAGUCUACUUUCACGGCGGAGCAUUCUUCCUGUCGUCCGUCGGUGACCCGAACUACCACGGCUUUCUCAACGUCUUGGUGGCCAAAGUCAACGUCGUCCUCGUAUCAGUCAACUACCGGAAAGCCCCGGAACAUCCGCUUCCGGCCGCGUACGAUGAUUCUUGGGCCGCCCUCCAGUGGAUCGCCGGGAAGGGGACGGAGGAUUGGCUUAUUAACUCCGUCGAUUUCAGCAGAGUAUUCUUAGCCGGAGACAGCGCCGGCGCCAACAUAUCACACCACAUGGCGAUCAAAGCAAGAAAAUCAGACCCAGUUCUGGGGCUUAAACUUGAGGGCAUAAUCAUGAUUCACCCUUACUUCUGGGGAGAAAACCCCAUCGGAAUCGAGGUUGAAGACAAAGUGAGAAAGGCAAUGGUAGAUAAGUGGUGGGAAUUUGUGUGCCCAUCAAACCAAGGCGGCCAAGAUUCUUCUCUAAUCAACCCCUUCGUCAAUGGCGUCUCGGCUCUUGCAGAUUUGGCAUGCGAGAGAAUCAUUGUUUGUGUUGCCGGAAAGGAUAUUCUGAGGGACAGAGGGAAGCUUUACUAUGAGUCGUUGGUGAAGAGUAAGUGGGGAGGAAAAGCAGAAAUAAUUGAGACAGAAGAGGAAGAUCAUGUGUUCCACAUCUUUGAUCCUUACAGUGAUAAGGCAGUGCUGUUAGUCAAACGUUUGAAUGGUUUUAUCAACCAAAAUUGCUAGCCUGGUUCCUAGUUUUCUGUGAUAAUAAUGUCAAUGUUGCUUUCUGUAAUUCUGUCUUGAAUUUGUGUAAUAAUGAUUUCUGUAUCCAUUAAUUAAGUUAACUAAAGUCCCUCUACGUGUUAUCA